GUAUACGCCGGCGGAAGAAGAAGAAGAAGGAGGUUUGUUUUGAUGCAGCCUGGUCCUGACCAACGUGUUUCUACUCUUCUACUGCGAUGUGCUCUGCAGUUAUUGUACCGACAACAGAUAUAAUGUCAACUUUAAGAGCUGAAGAAGAAAACGGAGGUCCAGAAGAAGAGCUGAGAGGAAACAAGAGGAAGAUUUCCCUCUCGAAGUGAGUGUUUAAAGAGUUAAAAAGUAGGGAGCUAACAGCUAACUGAGCUAGCUCCCAGGUUUACGAGUCUGGUAUGAGUUUAGUUUCUUCUUUAUAUUACGUUUUUAAGACUUCAAAUAUGAAGACAGAGAAAUAAAAACCUAAAAUGGCGACUAUAGACGUCUAAGUUUGGUACGAGGUUAUAAUGAGAAGCAUGGAAACAAAGUCCUGAUCCAAAACUACUCAACCUAGAUUAUCUACGAGGGUCUACAAACUUCUUUUAAUAAGGUUUAAGAUUUAUGAAACCUUUAUUGAAUUUAACUAGAAGUUUCUCUACCUUUUUCCUCAUUAGUCAAAUCAAAACCAGGUCCUCAUCCUGAACCAACAGCUGGACUCAACAGGUCUCAACUUAGAUAGAAAACACAAUAUUAAACUUUCAUGCUAUAGAGACAUUUUCAAACUAAAAACAAAGUGUAUUUUGAUGCUUGUUUUAAAAGUUAAAGCCUUUUCCUUCAGUCUCUAAUUAAGAUAUUUACUCAAUGAUGAAAACGCCACCCUGCAUUAUAGGGGAGAGUGGGGUAAGAUGAGCCAUUUUUCAUAUUUCGGAUCACUACAUCAAGUCAAUCAUAGUUUGGUCUCUAACUAGUGUAUCUGCAUUUAUUUCAAGAUGUUAUUCAUCCCUGCAAACAAACAUGAGUGUAAACAGAACUGUCUUGAUAAUAUAGCAUGCCAAAAACAAAAUAGUCUCCUAUGGUCCACUUACCCCAUGUAUGGGUGGGGUAAGUUGACCAUAGGAGCGGGGUAAGUUGAGCCGUAUCCCUACUCCCCCCUCACAUACUUCUCUACUGCUCGCCCUGUUACUUUAACAUGCUGUCCAUCACUAACAGAAAUAAACUCACCAAGCUCACCCACACAGCAUCCAAAAUCAUCAGCCUGCCCAUCACAGACCUCUCACACUUCAACAAUAUCUCCAUCACACGCAUGACCCAGACUAUCAGCACAGACUCAGACCACCCUCUCCACAGUCACUUCUGCGGUUCAGGACUCUGAGGUGGAAGUGGGCACGCUUCAGUAAGAGCUUUGUCCCUUCUGCUAUCGCUGCUCUGAACAGUCUGCAAAGAUAAUCCUGUGCCUCAUCUGCAUGUGUGUUGUCCUUUGUGCUUUGUCCUUGUUGUUGGUACUUUGGUCUGAACACAAUUCUAAUCAAACUUAUGACAGACUAAAUUCACUUUCAAGAGUGGAAAAAGUUUUUUUUGUGAAUAAAUGUCUAACCCCUUCUUCAUCCAUGUGCUUCUAACCUUCACAGACUCCAUGAAUUGAUGCCCAUCUCCUAAAUAUUUGCUCACAUGAUCAAUUUCUUUGACUUUUACCAUUUCCAAGCAACAGGGGGUGGCUCAACUUACCCCACUCUCCCCUAUCUCAGUUGUGGUGGAGUAGUUUGAUCGAUCAGUGGUGUAAAUUGACAUAAGUCUGUAAACAGAAGCACCAACAUCACUCUGUAAAGUUGGUCUCCUUUUUAUAACAGGUGGUCUCCAUCAUGUCAGCUCCAUGCUGGUAAGAUAAUAAACCCAGCUGCUGCCUCUGAGAGAAGAGUUUAUAGAGGGCAGAAGACGUAAGCUGUUGAGCAAGAUCUGAUUUGUUUACAUGGUUGAAUGUGACAGAAUAAGGCCAAUUACAGAGUGAGAGUGUUACACCAUUACUGACCUGGAUCAGUGUCAUGUGAUUUACAAGAUAUGUGCUUGUGGUGUGCUAUCAUAGUUAUCCUUUUUAGUUAUCAAAUUCAGUCAACAUAAAAGUGAUAUCACCCCUAAAAAGCCAGCCGUUUAUCUCUACAUUGGUGAUCUGUAAGGUGAUAUUGCAUCUCUGUACCUCUGUCACAGUUGAUCUAGUUUGCUGUAGAUCUUUAAACAGUUUGUAUUAAUCCGAGUUGUCGUCUGUUUGCAGCUGUGGUGUGUGUGGAUCAGCGGAGGCGAAGUACAGAUGUCCUGCCUGUCUUGCACAUUCUUGCAGGUGAGAUUUUUCUUUGCUUUUGUUUAUUUUAUUUAAAGUAACACUGUCAGUGAAGUUAUUACUGAACUGGCUGAAUAAAGUUAAACUGCUCUGAGAAACAGUGGUCACAUAUCUGUUUGUAUAAGCAUGCAGUGAAAUGUUAAGUCCACUCAGUCCUUUGUCAGAGGUAAAGGAUUAGAUCCUCUUUGUUCUCAAGGUGAGAACAGAAUCAUGCAGCAAAUCUAAAUAAAAAAAUACAGCCAUAUUUUGGACUGUAACCUUAGAUAGUAUAUUUUCCAGGAGCGUGUUUUCCUGUCAUCACAGAAUCUACUGUCUGUCUGUGUCUGUUUUGUCCAAAAACACUGUGAACGUCUUGAUUUUCUUGAGAAUGAGAAUAAUAGAAAAAAGCAGUAAUCACUGAAUUAUGCUAUGAGAUCUGCUCUGCCUCUGCUCUGUGUGCAGUCAUGUAAUAUUUAUGUUCGUCUCUUGGCUGCGUUUUGCUUUUUACAGACUGACCUUUUCUUUAAUUCAUAGCCAGCAACAACAUGCCAACAGCAAUGGCAACCGUCCAAGGAGCUAUUCCUCGAAUCCUGCGGAUCCUAAAGCAUUUACAGUCCAACCUUUACCUGCUAAAUGCCAUAUUGAAGGUCAUACCUGGGAAUUUCAUUAAAAGUUAUCAAAGAGCGCCAGGGGACGUCCUUCCUUUUUCUCUCUCCUGGUUGCUUGUUUUUUUUGGGCAUCGUUCAGCAUUCCUUUAACAUAGUUUCUGAGGAUACAGUCUUUGUCUGACCCCAGCCAAAUACCUGUCUCUCAGCAGGUAUCUGAAAGUGGGUCUUUCUGGGCUUGUAUUUAUUCUCUUUAGUGUGCGGUUGUUAGUCAGACAGGCGGUAAGGAGUCCAGUUGAACAGUCUUUUUGCUUCUAGUCAAGUUUUAAUUGAAGAAAUCUCAGCCAGCAGUAAAAGUUAGCUGUGAUGGAGGAGGUGAAGAAUGUGCAAGUUUAUCAAAGUAGCAAAAUUAAAGUGUAUAUACACUUAAGAGUCAUGAAACUGUAGAUUUAGUAUCACAAAUAACACAAGUUGUUAUGCAGAAUUAUUAACUUGGAUGAUUCAAUAAUUCCAUAUUGAAAAAACGACCUUUUUCAUCCUCCCAUGUGCAGAUAUUUGCCUGUUUUCUUGCUCUUUUUUCUUGUGUUGAACUGAUUAUUUUGGUUUCACACUUUGUUUUUUUUUAAUAACAUCUGAAUGUGUCUGGGAUGUUGGCGAGCAAAAAGUGAGAGGCAGCUUUUGAAUACCGAAAAGAAAAAACAAAAUGAGACAUGCCCGUCUCCUGUGAGUGCUGGAUCCAAAGUAAUCAAGCACAAAGAAAAGAUAUAAAGGUCCGCACACGACCGACUUGUGUUAAUAAAGGCUUUAACAGGAGCUCUGUGGCGUGCAGAGCUUUUUAAAUACCUCUGAAUGAGCUUCUAUUUGAUUUCAUAAUUUUUCUCAAGUUCUUAAAUGACUUUUUCUGACUGUUGUUUGUCUUUCUCUCAUCUCCUAUCAAGACAGUCUGUUUUCCCACACAUGAUUUCUUUUAAAGCUUCAAUCCUUUUCCUAAUCUACUCAUCUUGCUCUGCGGGUUAACACUUCUGAUGUUGUUGCUAAAACAACUCUGUAACCUGAACUUAAAAACUGUAAAAUUUUACCUCGUAUCACAUGUGCAUGUUGAAUGUUAAUGUAAAUCCAAAAAUCAAGGAUCUGGUUGUGUAGAAAUAUUCCUGUUGAAAUUAUUAUUCAGCCCAUUACUUUGUGUUUCUAAGUCAUAUUUUGCCUUUCUCAUUAAUAUUUUCCAAAUGACAGAAGAAACAAAAACACGACAAGAAGAGAAGAGACAGUAGUCCUGACAUGCAAAUUGAUCUCAAAGGAGUCUUCGUUUGACUCUUGUAGUGAUUGUUCGUACAGAUGCUGAAUGGAGACAACACAAUAACCAGUAAUGCUCUAACAAGUGCUGUUACAUCUGCAUCAAACCCAAGAAAACUUUGGGGGUUAGUUUGUGAAGUCCACUUUAGAAAUGUAAAGAUAUAAUAAGAAAUGUAAAACAGAUAAAAAGUAAAAAAUCUGUACUUUUUCUGUUUUUAGUUACAUUUUUACGUAUUAUCUCUUUAAUAUUUCUUUUUGUGUCUCCACAUUAUGGCUGUUGUACUAGUUUUGUUCUUUUCUCAUGUAAGUAGCGACUGGAAUGACAAUCAAACUCCUUUGAAUCCACUUAAUGAUCCAACGUCAGCAGCAGAUUUACUAGUUUAUUAAACACAUCAUGCCUUUUUUAUAUUGUGUCUAAACUGCCUCUUUACACUGUAGUCAGGGUUAACAGAUGCUGUGAAGCUGAGUCCCUUCUAAAUAGUCUCCUCUGAUAGACGCUGUCUGUCUGCAGAAAUAGGAAUCAGGAAAACACCGGCUUGUUUUCUGGGUCUUUCCGCUGUUACACAGACAUGAAUAACCUGUCUGUCUGUCUGUAAUAAUACAAACUCCUUACAUAAUGAGAGAAACUCAUCUGUGUUUUCACCUGCAGUGUGAGUUAUUUAUUUUAAUUAGUCUGGGUUAUGACUUUGUUUUAUAAUUGUCCGUCUGUCUGGGCUCAGCUGAUCAGCAGCUCUUAGGUAACAUUUUUUUGACUUUUUGUUCGGUGUUUUUGUUCCUGACCUUUGCUCACUGUCUGGACAAGCCGUGAUGGCGCCAAACCGAAUUCCUCUCAAGAACAGCAAAGGUUACCCAACAGAUUCUGUUUGUGUUUAUUAUUUUCUUUUUUUUUUCAGCCUGCUGUGUGUGAAGAAACACAAGGAGGAAUCAGGAUGCAGCGGAGUGAGAAAUAAAACCGCCUUUGUGGGUCUCUCACAGUUUGAUGAAAUGGCUCUUCUCAGCGGUGAGCGUCUGCAGUAAAUUUCAUUCCUCCUCUUCACUUAAAACCUAAAACAAGAAAACUUAUAAAGCUUAUAAAACAGAGAAGUUUAAGUUGAUACUGUUAAACUUUCACACUGAGCUGCAGUGGGAUUGUAAGAACAGAUGUCUGUCAAUAAUAUUUCAAUUAACACAUAAUCUUAUUUAUGCUUAAUUGUGUUUGUCUCUCACAACCUGUUUUCUUUAAUAAUGUACCAUGACUCUGUUUUAUAUACAUUUCAUUAUUUGUCAUUUGUUAUCGUUUAUUUGCACAAAAAUAGACAUAAAAUCAUCACAUAUUUAAAACAAAGAAGUUCAGUGAAACUGCAGGAGAGAAAAGAAGCGUAAAGGGCUCCCCAUCAAUACAAGUUAAUGAAAACAUGCUGAAUCUUAAACAACACAGCAUCGAAUAAACUAAAUGACAAGAAAAGAAAAGAAUAAGAUAAAAAAAGAAAAAUGAUGAAAACAAAAAAUUUAAUUGAUAAAACAAAAAAGUAAAAUAAUAAAACAAAAAAAAUAAUAAUAAAACAAAAAGGAAAAUAAUAAAACAAAAAAGAAAAAUAAUAAAACAAGAAAAUAAUGAAACAAAAGAGAAAAAUAAUAACACAAAAAGGAAAAAUAGUAAAACAAUAAAAAGAAAAAGAAAACAAAAGAGAAAAACGAUAAAAGAAACAAAAAAGAAAAUUGUAAAACAAAAAAGAAAAAUAGUAAAACAAACAAAAAAGAAAAAUAGUUAAACAAUAAAAAGAAAAAUGAUAAAAGAAACAAAAAAGAAAAUUGUAAAACAAAAAGAAAAAUAAUAAAACAAAAAAGAAAAAUAAUCAAACAAUAAAAAGAAAAAUAAUACAAACAAAAAAACAGAAGGGAUGUACUUGUGUGAGAUGCUGCCUCAAACAAACACUUAAGGAGAAGCGUGUGAGGACUAUUGCUCAUUAGUUGAACAAUUAAAUUUGCUGAUUUCCUCAGAAUAUAAAAAGUUUGGAUCGUAUCUCGGCUGCUAGAUCUACCUGGGUGGGCUGUCCAGGUGCAGACUGUGUGGGAAACACUGUUUUUUAAAGCUUUUAAAGGAAGCCAAUAAACUGUUAAAUUAUAGAUUAUUCCAUAAAGAGUGCUGUUGCUGAAAUAAUUGCUAAUCCUUUUCCUCCAUAUGUUUGUUUUUUUUGUCUCUUUUUCUCUGUCGUUUCUGUAGACUACAGGUUUCUGGAGGACACGGGUAGAUUUGCUGACAGCACCAACAGAGACAGUCUGGUCCGGACUCCUCGGUCGACUAUGAAAGUAAGUCUGUAGUUUGUUUUCAGACUUUACCAGCCUGAUGUAGCUGUUUUAUUUGACACAUAGAUGAGUAAUACGCAGUGUCAUGGAGCCCCUUUAGUUGAUAUUGCAAAAAGGCACCAUGGCAAUACAGUAAAGGGGGAGGAGACUUUGCUAUGUUGUAGAUACAAUGCAUAAUCUGGUUUGAAGAAAUGCACCUGACACAUUUAUUAGGUUUUGAAGUGAUAAACUGUUCUGUUGAAGCGAGCGAUUUGUCAGAUCAUUUUUACGGGCAUUAAUCCAGCUAGCGGUUUGACAGAAAUCUCCUCGACUCGUUACAAACCCAGUCGAAUGAUCUUGCAAACAAUAGUGGUCAGUUUUGUCCGAUCCAAAGUCUCACAUCACUUCCAGGAACUGUUUCUUUCUUUUUUUUUAUCAUUUCUCCAGAGCUGUCAGAGCGUUUCAGCUGAAAAAAAAUCACCCUCAAGAAUAAGUAGCUGAUAGGAAUCGAAUGUUUUUGUCCUUGAAAACUUCUUGGAUGAAAAAUGUCUGAACAUAACAUUCCCACAUCAUUAAGGCAGGCGCUGACAAGAACCUCUGUCACGUUAGAAUAACAUUACAUGUAUGUUUAUGAAAUCAAGUGUGAGUGUUUUGGUUUUCAAGAACCAAAAACAGAUGGUUUCUCUCUAUUGUUUCGACUACUGCUCAUUAGUCGGCUUUAAAAAGAAAGAAAAAAAAAAGAUGCAAAAGCGUUCAGCCGGUGUGGCCAAGACUUCCCCUCUUGGGUGCUGAAAAUCUCUUAGCACCAAAUCUCUGCGAACUGGAAGGUAAUACAGGAAAGAUUUAAAGGCUUGGAGAUGUUUUUCAAUCCGAACAAGACGCUGCCUGGGCGGCUGUCGGCACAAUCAGCACCAGCUUUUUAGUUGAUGUUCGAAAGGCCGGUAAGUGCAAAAACAGACUGAAAAGUGGAGCGAAAUCUUGUUUAAUUUAUUAUUUUGUUUGUCGGGACUCAACAAAGGGAAAAAAAUAGAGUCAGGCCCCGACACAGGAGACAAAACGACAAAAAAAGCAUGAAACAGUUUAAUUAACAUCAGAGUAAACCUGAAGGUGUGUGAUAUUCAACAUGGUGCCACUCCGCCUCUAAAUACAUGACCAUAUCCACGUGCAAAUCUGUGUAAGAGGUAAUAAUUAUCCGUGUGAGAAAACACCUGUUACAGAUGGAUAAUAAGUGUUUUUCCUCACAGUAUGAAUCGGAGACAGACCUUGUAAUCAGUCCUGAUUAAUACUAAUAUCUAAAUUCAAAACACUUAAAAUGACAGCAAAUCAGAUCUGACAACAAGAGUUUGACAAGUACUCAGUUGAGAUUAAUAGAAAACAGAGUUUAAUAAUCACACUUGGGAUAAAUAAGUCUGUCACACAGCUCAGUAUAAAUAAAUCUUUAAACUGUUUCGGCAAAUUAAACCAUGAGUAUCAGAUUAUAAUGUGCAUGAAACUACUUUUAAUGAACAUACAAAAAACAAUGACAAGGUAGUGUUGGCAUUAUGAAUCAGUCAUUGAAAACCCCAUAUCAUGUGACCAUUUGUAUGAAUCAGUGAAUCAGAAGUUCAAACUACCUUAUUUUACAAAGUCUCCUCAAAAGGUUGAGUCCGGACCCCUGAACUUGGAUUUUAGUCUGGGAAGUGUCCCUGUUUCUGAUCGUUGGUGGUAGUCUGGAUUGUUUUGACCAAUCACGUAUCAGCAGACUUUGGCGAAUGAAAGAAAAGUCGGUGGAGAUCAAAAUCAGGCUUUAAUAACAUCCCAGUGUAUGACAUUUUUCCAUGAUCAGUUUAUCUCCAAAUUAAUAUAUAAAGGCAAAUAAAAAUUUAGCUUACUAUCUUUAAAAACUCAGUAAUGUCAAUCAGAAAUAAUGAAUUUAGAAGUAAUCAAAAUGUUAAUAUUAGCAAAUUCAACACCUGCAGAUAAGCUAAGAUAGCCUGUGUCCACAUAUCCUCUUCCUGCUAUCUCUUAUCUGAUUGUUCCUUCAAAAUAAAAGUCUUCUUACAUAAAAGCGCUGUCCUCAUUUCCUCAAAUCUGCGUCUGAACCGCAGUCUUCAUGACAUUCACUCAGAAGAUACUUCAUAGCCCUGCAGCUGUCCUACAUUAAAAUAAUAAAUAUAAUAAACUUGAUAAAUGUCUUUUAAUAUAGAAAAUUGUGAGUCAUAAAAGUGAUGCAGGGGGUUUUAUUUUUUAUGCACCACUUCAGUCCAAAAAAAUCCACAUUUGGAAGCGCAAUUAAAAAACUGACCAGAGCUUUCAUGCUGACGUCUUUAUUAAGGUCGUUAAUUGUAUGGAUUGUCAUCAGAACAGAUGUUUUUCAUAAACAGCAUUAAAAGUAGGAGGGAGAGGUGAAUGUGGUUAAAUUUACAACCCUGAAAAUUCACAAAAAUGAACAGUCUGAUUAUAAACACAGUUAGUUUCAUGCAAGUUUUCCCCCAAUCCUGUUUAAGUCUUUAUUUAUCUUUCAUAUUGUAUGAUAAUAUAAGUCUUAUUGGUAUUUGUUUAUUCCUUGAAGGAGUUUAUUUUUCUUUUAACUUCUUCAAAAGAAUCAAAUAAAAAAUCAUAAUGCCAGCGCUCAUAAAUAACUCGUUACAUAAGGUCAAAUUAAACAGGAUCUGUGCAGAACUCCAAUAUACGUCUAAUGUUCUAAACAGUGAUAUAAAAGCACCACAGUCGAGCCCUAAACCAUCAUCAUAUUAAUGUUUUUCUCUUUUAUUUCUUCACUCGGAUAAUUUGUGGCUUGAGUUACGUAACGCUCACUGCUGCUGCUCCAAACCGCAGACCUUCAUUUAUGUAAGCCUCAGCACCCCUGCCAGCGCUCACCUGUCCUCUUCCUACAAGAAAACACAACCUCUGAUGAUAUGUGAUGACUUGGACUGAUGCGAGGUCUUUUUAUGGGAUUCUCAGAGGCAGCGAAUGCCUCGGCGGUCACAGAUCAGUCAAAAUAAUGAGGCCUAUUCUCAGCGAGAGAUAAAGGCUUGGCUCAUGAGCUUUAGGGAUUUGGGUUCCCACCAGAGCGCUGCAAGUGCAGCGAUCGGUUAUUAGCCUCAUGUAGCCUUGUCUUUUAAUAAAUCUAUUUUAGUGUCGCUCGCUACCUGCCAAUCCAAAGUCCUGAAGGACUCGCGCCGGUGCCAGAAAGGAAACGCUCGCCCUUUCAGGCUCAGAUGUGUCCAGUAAGGAGAAGUUCAGGUCAUCCUCGGGUUUGAUCUUUGAUGAAUCCUGCACAGACGAUUUUUAUUGAUGCAGAACAGAUGUUCAGUAUUCAGACCUUUUCAGUUCCUCCUGGAGAAGAUGUCCCCCUGCUGACUUCACCAUGCUGCUCAAAUGCCAACCGGUCUGUGGUCCAAAUAAAUCUGUUCAAGGCUAAGAAUAGAAGAAGAGCUCAGUAACAUCCUGGUUAUUUAACGUCUGUGGUUGGUUGGUGGGUCGUUCUGUUCUUUUUGGGGCUUAAAAUGUGUUUUGGACUAAACUGUGCUUUUCUCCCGUGCUGUUAUUUUUCUUUUCUGAUACGUCAUACAUGAUGUAGUGUGUUUCUUUUGCACACACACACACACUGUAGGACUGAAGGUGAUGAUUGCUUUUAAUCAACAGUUAAUGUGAUUGAAACUGUGACGCUUCAGUAUCAGGUCUGCACAGCAGGAGAAUAAUGUCCUAUAUGCAGUUUUAUGAUUUGAUGUUCAUGAUCUGAAAGCAGGGUCGCUGUAUACUUACUAAAUAGAAUAAUUUCUCUCUUUCUUUGUGAUAAAAUCAGAUCUUUACUGUAUACGUACUCCAAAAGCAAAAGCUACUAGAAUUAUGUAUUUGCAAGAUUUUCAGCCCUGACUCUGUACCAGCUUCUCCCUCCCCAGUAUCUCACAGCAGCUUCUCUCUGGGCACAAACGUCCACUUGGACUCAGAUUAAGAUUACACCGGUCAAAGAUCAGAGGUCAGGUCACUUUGACGUCACGUUUGUCCCAUCCUUGCGAGUGUAAUAUCCCAGGAAACUCCUGGAGGGACGUCUUCUUCACAUCUGUUUAUUUUUAUGUUUUUAUCUCUUUUCCAAGAUGAAGACUCUGUCCUCCUUCACUCAGUUGACAGUCUCUCCUUUUUGGUUGCUCUGCAGUGAAUCACGAGAAUAGAGAGUGACGUUCGCUGUGAUUAUAUCCCGCCUGUAAACCAUCGGGAUGUAAUCUUUCCCGCUUAAUAGAGCUCUCAUUAUCUAACUCUGCUGCUUUAUUGUGAGGUUUUUGAACUCUUUCCAUGUUUUAUACAAAUACUGUAUUUAUCCUCCGUCUGCUGCCGUUCUGUUGGAAACUCAUAGACGACACUUACUGAACAAGAAAACUACAAAAAAGAGUUUUAGUGAAUUAACUUUUCAUCCUUUUCGAUUUCCUGAGCCCGAAUAGUCGCACACUUAUUAGCCAAGUUGUUACGAUCAAAGUCCUCCCUCUCCUCGGCUAAGACCAGACUGGACAGGACCUAAACUCCAGAGCCGCCUCAUGGUAACAACAGAUCCUCUUAAGUCCUGCAGGCUGCACACUGGGGCCUCCAUGGAUUGGACCUAUUUGUCCAGCACAUCCCACAGAUGUUCAGUUGGAUUGAGAUCCCAGAAAUUUUGAUACCAAGUCAACAAUUUGAGUCUCGGUAGCUCAUGAGUCAGCUUUCAGUCCCACCAUGACUCUGUGGUCGGGGUCAUUAGAGGGUCUAGACUCGGAUCUUAUAAUGCUAACGACCUUCAUUCGUCUUUUCCAGGCAAAGAGGCUGGCGGCAAACGCCAGGAAGAUCAACAUCACGCUGAGGUUCCUCCCCGUCACCUUCACCAAGAGCAGAGAAAACUCCACCUUCUUCCUGUCAAAGUAAGAAGAACCGUAAAAAACUCAAACACUCUCGCUGCAGCUCGUACCGCAGACGAGAUGACGUUAUCUUUGUUUUGAUUCAAUGUUGUUUUGGUUUUGCAGACUUUGCAGAGGUAUUGUAACUUCAUCGCUCGUCUCUUGUUUUCGGCCUUCGAGCCAAAGCUGUUAAUUUAAAACCUCCAAAAAACAGUUUUAUUUGUUGCCAUCAGGCUCGACAACUGCUCGUUUGUUUUAUACCCUGCAGACCGGCUACAUAAAGACAGAAUGCAAACACAUGUUGGCACAAACAUGCAGCGCUGCUCAAACACCGCAGGAUUUUGGCGUUUCAUUCAGAGCUGCUUUUAAAUCUUACCUAAACACCGUGAAACUGUUUUUGGAUUCAGUCGGUCACAGUCGAGGCCAACGCUUCAGCAGCUCCCUCAUGAAGUUGACUCCAACUGCAGCAAAAUGAGCUUUUCUGAUUAGUGAUGUUUUCCUUAACCACAGGAUGGCACUCUUGUUAAGCCCGAACAGCUGCUCCGUCUAGAGCUGGGUCUGUUCAGGUUAUCUUAGCCCAGCUUUCUAAUACAAAGCAGAGGUUAUCCACAGUGUCUGUCAAACCUGGGAUCAGCGUUUGAUUUAAGGCACUUGAGAUGUUGUUGACAUCACUCUGCAGGGCGCUGACUGAUCAUCGCCUUCAGAGAUAUUCAGCCACGAUGACGUCUCUGAGAUGUAUUAUGUCAUGUAUGGAGGGCUGUGACAGAUGUGCGCAGAUGUGUCCGCUUGCAAAAGAUAAAUAGUGUUUAAUGCAGCGCUGCAGACAAACGCUUGUGGUCCACACCUUGAUGAUAUAACCCGUGUGAAACAAGACAAGCAGAGUGAAAAUUGGAAAAGUAACAGACAGUUUCAAAGUUUGCAGUUAUGCCUGUUUUAUUUACAGACAUAUUGUCAAAAAGUCCAAAUACUAUCUUGCAUUUUUGUUCCAAUCACAUGUCAAAACUUGGUGGAGAUGGUUUUGAAAUCUGCUUUCUGAAAAAAUUGGCAGUCACGUCGAGCGCUUCCCAAGCUUUUCGGCUUUUGACCUCAAUUGAAAUUAUGUCAAGAGCUAUUCAUCAUUUCGAUUCCUCAUUUUUUCAUUAGCUGUCGUGAUUUUUUUUACCUUUCAUCGUAGCUGGAUUGCACUGAUGUUCUAACCUCUAUUAAUCUCAGAGAGUAUGAAAGGGUUUUUUCUAGAUUUACUUGGAAAAGAUUAGAAGGUGAAGAAGGCACCUGCUGCUCAAAGGACACCAUCAAUACAUUUCUGUUUUGACAAGUUAAAGAAGAAGGAAUCAGGCAUAUAGUUAAAAUAUGGAUGUAGGCAUUCAGUCAAGUAAAUAAUCUAAUAUUUGGUGUCCUUGCUAGUCAGCACCUGAGUUAGGGCUGAGCGAUAAACCGAAAAUUUACUGAUACCAAAAUUUAUGACAAUAACCAACGUCAUUUUGCCCAUAUUGGUAUAUUCAGUGUCAAAAUAAAUAAAUAAAAGUUGGUUUUGGAUGUGUGUAGGUAGGCUAUGGUCUCAUGUCCCUUUAAGACUCUGUCCUACGUCAGAGACAUGACUCCACCCCAUACAGUCUGUAACAAAGAGGUAAAGACAGGUGAAGAGGUGGAGGACGGUUCAAAAGUUGUAGCGGCUGAAGUAGACGAAGUUAAUGUGGGAGGGGGUGAGCAGCUUGUGGAGUACUUAUCGUCCAUUUAUCGUUAUUGAGGUGAACUGCUCAAUAUACAGUGAUAUUGAUUUGCCCAGCCCUAACCUGAGCUACAGAUCGGUCAAACAAAUUUGUAGUUUUUUUACUAUCAUGGGCCUGAAAAUAUCGGUCACAUCUUGUGCCUAAGCGUAGGCGCAGCCUCCCACCACUAGUUGGGGCUGUAGCUCCUGCUGGUGGCCUUUCUAAUAAUGCUGAGUUUCUCUACUGUCUAGAUAUAAACACGCACAGAUUAACUGACAGCUUGGCCAUAUUUAGAUUCGGAAAAAAGAGAUGUAGUUGUAAAAUCAUCUCUUGCAUGUAAUUGUCGAUGUCUGGAGGUGCUAGCUCUGCCGGCUUUAGUCACUCACAGCAAACAGACGACUUUGAAACAUCCCUAAACUGUAUUUUUAUAUCGCUCAGUCUCUUUAGCACAAACAUCAUCCCACUAUUUGUCAUACAUAUUAACAUUAAUUGAAGCCCUUAUUAUCUGCACAAUAUCUGUCUGUUGUCCAUUUACCAGAAGAAAGAUUGACUCUUUUAGAGACUGAAUACAGCAGCACAUACAGAAUAUUUCUACAUUUGACUGGAUCGAUUUCUUCCUCGCUCUCUAAAGGGAAAGUUAAGAAACUGCAGAGAAAGAUAAAAAAGCAAUUUGAUGGUUUAAUUACAUAUAUAUUACUCUUACUGAAUUAUCCCAACAACUGUGGCUGCUGCUAUUGAACUUUUCACCGCUCUCGCUUUAAUGGCUUGGGAGAAAUAAUUUCGUUGUGUUGAACUCUAUAAACUUGAAGUAAUUUAGUCCCCCAGAAGAAGUCAGUCGUUCUUUCGCUUGGGUACUUUUCCAAUUUGCUCAGUUCUACUGGUGGUCCUGUCAUGUUGGCUCCUUCUCUGCCUCCUUUGACAACCCUCUGCCACUCAUUUUCCCAUUUCUUUAGAGCCUGAUCCCUGCCACUCUAAUCCCCCUGUGGAAGAACAGAGGAGGGAACGAGGGGAAAAUAGUUAUUGAACUGCAUAUUAAAGUUUUUACGAGUCUGAAAUGCCCCGAGAGAGGGUUGGGUGCCAAUCAGGAUUGCGGCUAAAAGAAAUCCUUUGUCAGGCCCUCCAGCUGGUUUAAUGUUGUUACUUUCCUUUUCACCACCCUCUUUUCCAUCCUCAAGUCCACCACCCUGUCAUGUCCGUUUCUGCUGUUUGUGUGAGCGUCACAUCUCGGGAUGAAGCAACGUUAUGUCAGGUUGUAGUCGCACACGCUGACCACGCUUCAACCCCGCCGCGCUCCUCGUUCCCAACUCAACACUUGUCAGACGCUGACAGAAAGUUUUUCUAAGAUGAGUUUUUGUUAUUAAGUUUCAACACCUGGGAAGUCAGCUUCGGUAAAACGCACGAGAAUCCUUCUGCUUUCACCGUCCGCUGAGGAGUCUUUGGCCAGCUGCACAGUUUGAUUUCUUUGUUUAGUCUGGCUGCUUUCGUGAUGUCUCAUCAGGAAGAAUUUCAACUAACCACAACAGUGUCCCAUUCACAGACAGCGGACACAAGGGACGGGAUGAAAGGUGUACAAUAAAUUGGGAGGGAUCGAAGGAGAAUGUGCUUCAGAAUGUACCAAGUACAUAAUAUAAAAAGCAGAUGUGCGAGCAGCGCGACUGCAGCUGGUUAGCGACAUAUUCAUGCUACGCACUCGCACUGCCAGAGAAAGAUCAUUCCUGGCAGACAGCUGACUACAGGGCUUUUAUUCCUGGUGAUGGCGUGUGUUUAGGUUUUGGUUAGUGAGCAUGUGUCUCUCUGUCUAAACCCAUGCACCUUCUUUCAGCCCUCAAUAAUUCAAGCACAGGAUUCAAAGAGUUAAUAUGCAGGAAUAUCAGCUUUUACAGGAGAUACACCAGCUGGUAUCUGGCUGAACAUUUGGAGCCGUUGGUUCUCCUGCAGUAUCAACCUGGCAUUACUGGGCAUUCUCCUCACCGGACUGCAAAUUACAGAGGCAGAUAAUAACUGUACAUAAAUCCAUAAUGACUCUGUAUAGCUGGUUUUAUGAGCAGCUGUGGAUUUAUGCCAUGUAUGUCAGUUAGCCCUAAAAUGUGAAUCAGCCUCAAAUAACCCAGCUGUCGUGAUGAGAAGAGGCCUGGUUUGUUUUCUCUGUUAUAAAAGAGAGGAUAUGAGUUUGGCUGGGGUUUUGUUUGAUUAAAAGCGAUCACAUUUACUUGAAUAUUUAUUUCUGGACCGAGUAAGAUCCGAUAAUAUGUCUGCAGAGACUUGUUAACCCAUUCGGCUCAGUUUUGGUGCUAAAUAUUCAGAAUACACAAGCUGAAGCAACUUUGUGGCAGGCGUGGUGUCUUACUACUUAGACUCCUGAUUGGUUGAGUCUGCUCCUGUGGUAGAAUAAGCUCAAAAAGAUUAAUAAUGUGUUAACAGUAUAAAAUAGGUUAAAGUAAAUAGCAUAUCGCCAUGUGAACAUUGUACAUUUCAACCACUUUAGGUGUAAUGUAAGUAAAACACCAACUUUUGUUGCAGAUUAUACCUCUUGUUUGUCCUGACACUUUCUUAAUUUGUUUAAAAUCCAGAAAUUUCACCUGAAGGAUACUUCGGACAAAAUGCAGUUCCAAUUUUGCCAGAUCUGACUCACUGUAUAUCCUCAAAUAAAGACUUGUACUCUGUGAUUUCCAAUAAUUAGCUCGGGCACUGUCGUAAUUUUAUCCUAGUAUUGACUUAUCCUAACAACGAUGAAACACCAGCAGGCGGCGCUGUAUCACCAGUCCAGCGCAGUGAAAAAGCACAGGUACAGGUUUGUUUGUCAGUUGCAUGCUCUCUCUCUCUCUCUCUCUCUCUCUCUCUCUCUCUCUCUCUCUCUCUCUCUCUCGCUUUGACACUGUUGACUUUAAAAUGCUUAUUUUUUACUUCUCUAAAACUGAGCGCCCUCAUGUCUUGGUUGCAUCGUUUCAAAGUGUUCUGACAUGCUAACGGGUUGUAUAAGAUUUCAUAUUUAUAUUAGAAUGACUAAAACAAGGGGUGCGCAGAUGGCCGAGCGGGUUAGCGCGCCCCGUGUAUGGAGACAAAAAAAAAAGAAUGAUAAAAACAAUACCAGAAUUUGACAUGAGGGCCUGCCUCUAAAACAGGCCUGCCUCUUAUUAAAGGCCUGGAAUUUAGGCAGUGAAAGCAGAAAAUAACACCCUUGUUUUUAUUUGAGGAUUGAGGCUGGUAGCAACAAAACAUUCAGGUACAAGAACUUUAAAGCUACGAAAAGCUGAACGUAGAUUGCAUAAUAACCAACACUUAGUGGUUUGUUCUGGAGCGGCGCACAAGAAUUGCAUGAGAACAAAACAGCUGGUUCUUGUAAUUCUCCCACAAUGAAAAUCAGGAGUAAUCGAAGUACCUCUCUCAAUUAGGCCAAUUAUUGUAAUUACGGAAAUGUCGAAACUUAGCUGUGACAGGUUUGCAGAAAGUAUGAAAAAUGUCACGCGAUCGAUGAAUGCAUAAACGGAUAAAAGCAGAUAGAACUUUAUUUCACCCCAGAUGAGGCGGCGGUGGAUGACUCUUCAUCACUUAGCACACUCAUGCUCCAGAGAGUGCAAAUGAAACAAUCGACGGCAGCUUGUGCCAAACAUCUCGAAAGGCUCCUCCAGCAGACGUGUCUUCUGGCUGCCAUCGGCUUGAUUAACCACAGCUGAUGCAGAGCAGAGUUAAUACCGGCUGCCAUCUGAGGCAAAACCUCAGAUCAGAAUGGCAAGCAGCAGUUUCAUCAGCAUUGCAGACGCUGUCAUCACAAUUGGCCACAUAACUGCAGGCUGCAUGCUGCUCUGCGGCUCUGAGUGAAAUUCCAAACUGUAAAUUAGGCAGAAAUCUGAGGGUGCCUCAUGAGCCGAAGAGAAUAUAAUCUCGCAAUGUGUCACGUCUGGUUGACUGAAAUUUUGAUAAUUAGGUUCCCAUGUGUUGUUGAGAAUUAAUUACAUAGUUUUGUCUUGGACAGAAGAGCAUCAGUGUGUAUGGCUUCUGGCUUCUUAAACCGCUCUAAUACUUUGGCUUCAAAGGUGGCUGCUUUGGCAAAACGUAUCGACUACCAAAGGACAGAUUACCAUGACAUUUGGUGCAAUAACACACGGUCCUCUGAGGAUUAAUACUAAUGAGCUGUGUAAUACCGGGACUGUACAUUUGGACGGAGCGGCUGGUUAGGCUUGCCAGCGGUGUGAUACCUAAUGCUAACCAAGUAAAUAUUGUUGCCUCAUGACUGGUCAGAAUCCAACAGAGGAAGAAAUCCAUAUCGAUUUUUCAUCUUUCAAAGAGUUUACUUAUUAUUUUUGGUUUUCAGUAACGAGCUUCACAGCCUCUGCCCGAGAGUCGUGUUCUUUUUAGAAACACGUGUGGACCGAUGUGGACGACUUGAUGAUUUCUUAGAAUAAACUGAGUUUAUUUUGAGGUUUUUAGGGAAUGCAGACCUCAUGACUCAGACCCUGUACUAGGGCUGGGCGAUAUGGCCUCAAAUCAGUAUCACGAUAUAUUGAACAGUUCACCUCGAUAACGAUAAAUGGACGAUAACUACUCUACAAGCUGCUCACCCCCUCCCACAUUAACUUCGUCUACUUUAGCUGCCACAACUUUUGAACUGUCCUCCAUCUCCUCACCUGUCUUUCCCUCUUUAUUACCGACUGGAUGGGGUGGAGUCAUGUCUCUGAUGUAGGACAAGGACAUGAGACUGUAGCCUACCUACACACAUCCAAAACCAACUUUUAUCAAUUUAUUUUUUUGACACAGAAUAUAUUGACAUGGGCAAAAUGACAUUGGUUUGUUUUAUUGCCCAGCCCUACCCUGUCCACACAAAUACGAAAUUAGGAAUAGACGCUAAUGUUUAAUGUCGUAUCAGCGUUUCAGGUGAUUGUAAACGAUACGGAUCACAGAUGUAUAUAGAAGACUAGAUAUGCCAGUGUGCUGUAGCAGCCGGCUAAGCGGCAUGCCUACAUGGCAGCCAUCUUGGCAGGGGGAACAUUCCCAUUGAAGGCAUUAGAUGUCCAUGGAAAAUAAAUCAUAUCUUGCUCAUUUCUCCACUGAUUUUCAUGCGGUUUAGUUUAUUUCCAAAUUAACAUGUGCUAUUAAUACAGAACUUGUUUUUAUUAUUAUUAUUAUUAUUGAAAUUAAUCGCACGUUUCAGCUUUGACAAUCAAGCAAACUGCAUAAAAAUGGGUUGAAAAAUGAGCAGGAUAUGAUAUAUUUUCCAUCUACAUCUAAAGUCUUUAAAGGGAAAGUUGUCCUCACUAGCUUAGCCUCACCGUCGGCACGCACCUCAAAGGGGCAUGUCGUAUCUACUAUUCAUAUCUAUGAUCGGGAUAUCUCUUGAAAAAGUUAUGUACCACACAGCAUAUACUCAUGUAUACUCACAUUACAGCGCCACUUACUGGCUUGGCAUGUGCACUACAUUGUUUUCAGUCGUUUUCAGCCAGAGUCUUGCGAUAUAGCCACCUGUCAUCUCUGCCUUCCUCGUCCAUCAGCUUCUUUUUUUGGGUCUAUGAUCCAGAUGCAUCUCUUGGAUGCCCUUUUCAGACCCGUUUCUACCUGCUGCAUUCAUUCAAUGCUGACGUCAAACUUAUAAGAAGCACGUAUUUUUCAUCAAACAUUAAAAUGUUCCAGUUCCUCCUCUGUGUUUGUCGUAUUUCACCAAAGAGGCCCCAAAGUCCCAUCAUCUCGAUCCAGUAACACCUACUUGCCACCCAGAUCCUGGCACCAUCCUCUGAUGAGCAAAUACACGGGACAUACGCUUUAAUGUUGAGCAAUUCUCGUUGGAUCCGUCUGCCCUUAAUCCAGCCAGAUGGAUCUGCUGUCACUGCCAGACCUCCAGCCAGGCUUUCUGCUCUCUAGUGUUGAUGGCACCAUCAACUCCAAUCGCUUACUGAAUCAGCAGACCGUUUUCUUGUUAACAAAUUCAUCCAUCAUCCUCGGAGCUGGCUGCGUGCCUCGGUCGUUCUCAUGAUAAUCGAAUGUUUCUCACUUUUAACUCACAGAGAGAGAAGUUUUCCUGAUAUAUCUCUGACUUUGAGUAUCUUUUGUGAAAUGUUUGAUAUGUGUUUACACCGAAAAGUCACCUUUUGAACACUGAAUCAUGUUUGUAGAAAGCCAGACAAUGAUAGUAAACAUCAAAGCCAAGGCACAAGACUUUGUAAUUAUACAGCUCCUCAGGGCAAAAGCUGAGUAAUGUAUCUAUUAGAAGGAACGACAACUUAAUCCGAAGAGAUUUCAAAAUCAUCGUUCCUCAUGCUUUUGUUGGCUUUUGAGUCUCACUCCAGGGCAAGCAUAACUCUGAUCUCUGCAUUGAUUGACUGAAAACUCUCUUUUUUUUCUUCACAAAUUCUUCAGGAUUUAGUUCCCAAAGAUGGGGCUUUGGAUUCCUCUUAAAAGACUCUUCAAAACAAAUCCAGACGGGUGAUUUUAGUUAUUUUUAUUGUGUAAAUGUUGUGUAUCUUACUCAAGGGAACAGAAAACUCUUGUUGUUCUGCCAGUUUCUGAAAGAUGAAACAGAAACCCGCUCAGGAUGCAAAUCUGCACGCUGAAAAUAAUUUGAAACCUCAACAUUUGUUGCCCAGAACACUGAGGUUUCACAACCAGACAAAAUAAACAGAAUCUGAAUUCAAGAGCUCGCAGGAGUAAUUUCAGACAUGAUCACGACGUGUCCUGGCUACCUUAAGAAAACUGAGACCCGUCCUGGUCUGUGUGUUAACACAAAACACACAGAAUCAGGUUUUGUUUCAAGAAAGAAGCCGUUCAUCAUGUCUCCAAUAUUAGAAGUGAAACAAGUUUACAUUUUUCAAUUUCUCCUCUGCAUCAUUUCUGUUUUAUUGAGUUAGUCUCGGUCCUUAUGCUCCAACAAACUGUUUGAUGAGUAAUCCCUCUUGGAGGAUGAAAUGUCUCCUAAUGCAGGACACGUGAGGUAUCAGAUAGCUUUUAUAUGGAAAUAUGAUGAUGUUAUAAACCUUUCAGCAUGACCUUUAUGUGGUUUAAUCACUUAAUCUUUAUAAACAGAUGGGUUUUCAGAAGAAAUGGGGCUUCUUCUGUGUACAGCUCCACGUGGAAACAUCCUCCCAUAACUGAACAUUCACAGUUUGUCCUUCGAGUUGAAAUGCCAUGCUCAAGGCUCUUCUGCCACGACUGUCUCUCAGGUGCCUUGAUUUGGAUUUUUAAGCAGCUCUCUCCUCUUUUUUUUCCCCAACAAUGAAUGCUGGCUCAUAUCCCAGGUAUGCAGCGUGGCUUUGCCUGAAAUGAUCGCAUGCAUCUAUGGGCAAGCCCCUUUUCCACUCAGAGACAUAGUUUCCAUUCACCGUAAUGACAGAAUAAUGGCAUCACACCUGGUGCUCCACCCUCAUUUGCUUGUGCGUACCAACACAAACACACCUGCACGCGUGCGCUCGUGUGCGCACACCGGAGACGAAACUCAGCCAAAACUGGGCAAACACAUAAAUUCCUCUGACUAAGGGGUUGGAGGUGUAAAGUUCCUCCUUCGGUUACGUAGGGAAUCCCCACCCAGCCCCUUGUCUUCUCUGCCAUCAUCUCUGCUGCUGCCCUCACGUCUCAGUUUUACCACUUCAUCGUCUUUUCACACCCAUGCGGGACAUCAUAACCACCUUUCACUGGCUGUUCUGCAAACUUUCUACAGAACUUUUCACUUUCUCUACUUCCUGUUACUGCUUUAGAAGAAAAAAAAGAAAACAGGCCGUGAACUUGAUAAAGUUUCCAUCUGGAUUCCAAAACAACCUCACAAGCUCAAGAAUCAAGUUCAUUUUCGACUUUUGUUUUUCUGUUUGUCUACUUUACUCUCACAUCUUUUGAAUGCAGAAAAGUGACAAAAUCAAAGACAAACAUUUUUUAGAUUUACGUCCAUUUUCAAGAUAACAACAAAACCGUUGACAUGACUGAAUAGCACCUUGAUAAAUCUUUUCUACACUGAUUUGGCUAUCCAUAUUGAUACUGAGAAGAUACAUCAAAAAGCUGCAAUUUUUACUCAGUUGCUUUAAAAAUGACCGCGUGAUGAUCAGACUGGAGAUGUCUUGAUCCGAAUCUCUGAACUACCAAAUUUUUUGAAGAAGAAAUCUAAAACAGUCAAACAGUCGCUUGCAACACCCAAUGUGAUCAUUUCACAGGGUUGUUUUCAAUACUACCAGUUUGGUCUAUAAAACUUCACUGGCAAUGAAAUACAGUGUGUCCCCUGAAGCAACAGGGGGAGUGCUGGCUCAGCAGAUUUCUGAUUGACAGUUUCCACAUUGCAUUGCAUCUUCGAACGUGUCUCACUGGAGCUGUACUGUAAAGUUCAUGAGAUGAUUGAAGACUUGAUGCCACUCCUGUUAGUCAUUCAACGUAUCGUUACAGCUCUGACUUCUGACUCAUGCUAUUACUGAGUCUUACUACACUUUCACAAUUGACUCUUUUAUUGGCGAUCAUCAGCUUUGAGCAGGCGGAUUGAUGCGUUGUCAGCAGGACUGCCAGCGUUGCACCGAACCUUUGUGGCGAAGAGAGAGCUGAGCUUGAAGGCAAAGGUUUCAAUUUACCAGUCGAUCUACGUCCCAACCCUCACCUUUGGUUAUGAGCUUUGGGGGGCCCACCUGGCCUGGGAACACCUUUGUAUCCAAGUACAGCGCUACCGCAGAUCAUUCCUCCCCUCUGCAAUAAGACUUUACAAUGAACAGUAACAAAACUGGAUUUACACCACCACUUUUCUUUUUUAUGGCAUUUAAAUUGUGUAUAUUGUAGAAAGCUUUAUUUUUUCUUCUCCCUUUUCUAUUUUUUUUCUUAAUUAUUACAUUUAUUUAAGUUCUUAAUAUUAGGACCCUUAUUGUUAUAACUGCAAUUUUGCACUUUUGUCUUGUCUGUGAUGCUGCUGUGACAAAAAAAUUUCCCCCAUGGGGGAUCAAUAAAGGAAUAUUCUAUUCUAUUCUAUUCUAAGUGUCGCUGAUAACAGGGAGGUUUGGGUGAACUUGCGUAGACGGUCCCCCCCUGGAUAGGCAGAAGACACUGGAUCGAUCAAUGACUAAACAUCUUAAAAGACUGCUUUGUCCACCCCCUGAAUUGACUCAUCUUUUCAUUCUCCUCUCCUUUGGCUACAUUUGGAGGUCACUGCUGUCAUCUAAGUUUGACAAACGAUGCUGUAAAAUGAUGUAAUCAAAGCAUGCUAACAAACUUGAUUCACCAAAAAUGGACCUCAGAGUCAGUCUAAAAGGUAAAUAUGCAGAUUGAUGAGCGUAGUUCAACUUUGUGACGAAUCCAAAAAGAUGAAAAGAGCUUCAUAUUACAGAUCUGAAACGAACCCUUGAAGUCAUGCUCUAAAUCUCUCUCGGUGAGGGCUAACCCCUAAUAACAAGGCUAUAAUAUACGCCUUACAAUUAUGCUUCGGGUCGUUUCAUCGUCAUCCCUCAGAUCCACGAAGGCCUGCGUCCCUUUGCUCUGAUGGAGAGCUGGUUGAUGAAUCAGCUCCACCUAAAAACGGUCGAUUCUGUGGUCUUUGUCAUUCCCAGCCCGUAUAUUUAUGUUUGACCUAGUAUGUAGUGUACAUGACUGUGGUGAGAAAGGACUUUUGGGUGCGUGUCUUGGUCUGCCGUGUUCUCCUUAAGCAAAACAUCCUUUCUAGUGUUUUUAGUUUGACCUACAUAAAACCAAAUGUUCUCCUCUCUUUGUGUGUUGUCUUUCUUUUAAUUUGAUAAAAUUCAGUGCAGAUUUUACUUCGAAAGAAUCAGGCAAAUUGCACCUUGUUAGUCAUCUCUCCCAAACUGUUACUGUAUUGCGUUUUGUUGCCUAUUUUUGCAUCAUGAUGACAUGAAUACUCAUGAACACAGCAGCUCCUCAGGGGGAUAAAUGUUUGGUUGUAGAGCACACCCAGCAACCCCAAAUAAAAACCUCCCCUGCAUGUGAUAGUAACUGCCCCGAGCGUUUCCCCCCAAAAGAUGGGAUCAUUAUUUGAUAGCCACCAGCUGGUGUCCUACUAUUGAGUGUAUAUGUCACGGUCGCCAUGGUGACUCUGGUUUACUCUCUGUGCACACACAGUCACGCAGAUGGACAAGAUUUUGGACCCGGCCAGGCGUAUUGUCUUGGAUAGAUUAAGGCCGAAUCCGUUUUAUGCUCUGAAUUUGAACAAGAGCAUUUUGUGUUUGAGUGUGACGGGAACGCAGCGGUGACCUCAUCUGUCUGCGGAGGAAAACAGACAACAAGCACUACUGCUUUUGAUAAGCUGGAACUAAAUGAAAUGACUUUGUCUGUGUCUCAUCUAGAGAGCGUGUCUUCCUGUGGCACGUGAAGCUGGUUUUCCCUCAGAGCGGCGCAGAGUUCAGUCAGAGGAGGUGAGUGACACGAUCAUCCUCAGUUUCCUCGGUAAUGUCAUCAAGCAGUCGAUCAAUCAGUCAUUCAGGACACUCACGUCCCCCUAACUGUCCUCUAUAACCGUCUGAAACAUCUACAUGAUUGAAUUGAUUUAGAUGAUAUCAGGUAAAAGCUGCUCACUCAUUUGUCUUGUCCCUCCUGUUUCUUGUUUCAGGGUGUCUGAGCAGCAAACCUUGGAACAGAUUUUGACCCCUUAUAUCCACCCUACAGAGUCGGACCCUGUGACACGACAAAAGUGAGUAACUAACCAUACACAAGGCGCAUUUUGCAUUGAUUGGUUUAUUGUUGCUUGUGCGUACUCUGGGCCUGGGCUGCCUUACAUGGAUGCACUUCUAGUCUUGUAGACCGCUCAGGGGUCCUGUUACGAAGCCGUUCAGGUAGUGACACAGCGUACCGUAAUGCUCUGAAUAUCCAUGAGCGGAGCGGCUUCAUGGCUUACGAAAGUUGUACUUAGACAUUUCGACAGAUUUUUGAGUGCACUGUACCACAUGAAAUUGGUCCGUAAGUACAACAAGAAAUCAUACAUGAGGAGCGCUGGAAUAGAAGGCGCACUGUCAAUUUUUGAGAAAAUUUAAGGAUUUUAAUGCACAUGUUGUCCGAAAAAUACAAUACUCUUUAACAAGUGGCUUCCUCAGAUUUAAUUUGUUCCUGAUUACUUCCAAAACACCAAAAUUUAAAGUAGAGUUGUUCAAAUCCUGAUACCAGUAUCGGAAAUUGCUCUGAUACUGCCGAAUAUGCUAGCACCAGUAUAAGCGAGUACUGGAGUUCAUGCACUGAUCCAAUACCACGUAAUUUUUUAAAUUAGUAAUUUAUUCCCUGGUUAGCCCCGUUAGCUCUGUUCAGUUUCUUUUUAUUUAAAAAUAUUGUGGCUCCACUUUAAUGAUUAUUUUUUUAUUAUUCCUAGUUUAAAUUGCAUUUGCUGUUUUUUAUACAGUUCUAUUUAAAAAUACACGGCUUGAAUUUGCUGUAUUCAUAUGUCUUUUACAAAGGGCUUAACCCGAGUCAGACCUUACCACCAUGAUAAUCAUAUCACAGUCAUACAGGCCUGGUAUGAUAUAUAUAUUUUUUAUAACAUACUGGUAUCGGAACGGUACUCGGUAUCGAAAUCGGUAUCUGAAGUGGAAAAUUAGUAUCGGAGCAUCUCUAAUUGAAAGUUUUGUUUUUAAGAAAAGCAUCAGACUCUGAGUCAAAGUCAGAAUGUAAAUACAUCUGUAAACUUUUCCAGAUUGAGAGAUGUUAAAGCUAUAAUUGGGUUUUAAUGUCGACGACAAAAGUAUCAUCUGUGCUUGUUUACAUCUUGGUAAUGGAGCAUUAGAGUAUCAUGGAAGUCACCAGCUACAGCUACAGCCCUGUCUGGUAACUGAUGGCUCCAUUAAAGCCUCACAGUGAUUUGAUUACUUGAAGACAAAAGGGUGGACCUUUUAUGAAACAUAACUUAGUACAGUACAGUCCAGACAGCAGAGAGUCUCUCUGUGUCGGUGUCGGAGUUAAUACUUUAUUCAUGUUUUAUGACAAAGUGUGGUCAGUCCAUACUGAUAAAUAUGGGAGGAGAGUGAAGUAAAAGCGGCCUGUACAGCUGGUGACAGCCGUGUCCAGAUUAUUGGCAUUUAGUGAAAAUGAGCUGAUGCAUUACUGCUGCCAAAAACCUUGGAUUGGUGUGUUGAAUUUAAAACACUCACUUAUUUUUCUUCAGUCACUUGAAUCUUAAAUAGAAAACUCAACAUAAAAAUACACUCAGAUUUUAACACCUCAUUAGAAAACCUCAAAAUUUUACAAUAAUGACUCCAGCAUGGCCCUCUGAUCAGCCUUGAAAACUCUUUUUAUUCACAGAUACAGUCAUAUUUCUACUCGAGCAACACAUUACAUCAAUCACUCCUUUUUGUUGUAACAUCACAUCAACAAUGAUGCUGCCUUUUUUCGCUAUUGCAUCAUACUGUCCAGGGAAUAUGAGCUUUUUGUGUUGUUUAAACUGCGUUGCUAAGAUGCAGCCCGAGAGUCAUGAUUGCACAUAAAUAUCAGUGGUAAAAAACAAAAAUUUCACUGUCCUCCAGAGGGGCUUUUGUUAUGAAGCUGUUCUCCAGUCUCUACAGAUCCUACUUUAAAAUAUUGAGUCUGGGUUUACAGGAUGAUAAGUGCUCUGCUCUCCAUCUGCAGCAUGUUUGAAGUCAAAGUAGCACCGACUAAUCAUGUGUUGCUAUAAAAACAAUCUGUGGUAAUCUGACAAUGAUUUAUUAAUCUUUAUAAAUAGAAACCCUAAUUCAAGUGGAGCCAAAAACAUUUCAGCUCAAGCUACAAAUCUGUUUGAUUUUAUGUCGUGAAAGCUGAUUUCCUGAAAUUCCUGAUUUCUUUAAAGGGAUAUUCAGGCGUAAAAUUAAGUUAGGAUCAAACACACCAUAACACUGAGUUAGACUCCCCAUCGAGAGAUGACUGUUCGCUUCUUUAGUUAUCCCAACUUUAGUAACAACCGCACGAUAGCAAUACUCAGUUGUAUAUGGAGCCACGCGCAAACCUCAACCAAUAUGCCACUCUAUAGCAAAUAAUGCUCAGAACAGCACCUAAGUUAACCAACAGUACAUAUAGGGUCCUAGCCAUAGUACUAGCCACCAAACAUCUUUUUAGCUUUGCCUAAUUUCUGUAGCAAAGAGACUAAACACAACUCAACCACUCUUUUCCAGCAGCCACUUGUUUGUAGGGAGAGCCCUGACGAGUUGAUCACUGAGUGGAAUGGAGUUUCACAGCUCAAGGAAAAACAUUUAUGAUUAUUACUUCAUGGAAAUGCAAUCAGACUGAGACGCUAAGGCAGAAGAACUACCGUGUCUGCACCGCAAAAGGAUUAAUAUGAUGAUUAUUACUUCAAGGAAAUAAUCCGCUGCACUCAGUGAUCAACUCGUCAGGGCUCCCACACAAACAAGCGGCUGCUGGAAGAGAGUGGCUGAGUUGUGUUUAGUCUCUUUGCUAAACAAAUCAGGCAAAGCUAAAAGAUAUUUGGUGGCUAGUAUUAUGGCUGGGACCCUAUAUGUACUGUUGAUGAAGUUAGGUGCUGUUCUGAGCAUUAUAUGUGGCUAUAGAGUGGCGUUUUGGUUGAGGUUUGCGCGUAGAGACGUAGACUGCUGUGUAUUGCUAUCGUGCGGUCAUUACUAAAGUUGGUGUAACUAGAGAAGCAAGCAGUCGGCAACAUUCAUCUCUCGGGGGGAUGUGUAACUCGAUGUUAUGAAGGUUUGACCCUUACUUUAUUUUGCACCAGAAUAUCCCUUUUAAAUGCAACGAAAAUGAUAAAUCCGAGUUCUGAUCAACAAUCAAGCAUUUUAAAAGAAUUUAAUUGUCUUGAGGACAGACCUAAAAUGUUCCUGCAUCAUGAUAUUAUUUCACCAAACUUGAUAUUUUCUUUAUAUUUUGUCUCCUUCAUACUACAAUAUAAUACACCUCUGCACACGACUAACACCCACAAUCAUCAAAAACUGACUACAGCUGCAGAUCUGGUCCUCAGUACCAGGUCCGCUGUCACACGCAUACUAAACCAUCUGCUAUCAGAUUUGGCAGCAGCGUGUCCAGGAAUAAUGUUCCACUCACAGACCGAGUAAAAAAUGGACCGGGUCAGUACUUUGAUGACUGUUAACAGAUUCAUGAUGGAUAAGUGUUCUGAAGCACUCUGCAUCCUCUCCUGCACAUUUCUAUUUCUAAUUAAAAUUAACUGUGGAGUGUGAAUGUGUCUGAAUGAAUUUAACACUCUGCUGAUCUGUACCAUCCUCUUGAAUGUGAAUGUUCCACAUUGUGCGGAUGAGUAGAUAAAGUGGCCGCUUUUAAUAGGCUCAAUUAUCCUCUAUGCGCGCGAGGGGAAAACUCAGUCGCUGCAUUUACAAAAGCUGUUACACAAAGGUCAUUUUUCCAUCCUGAUCUUUCAAUAUCAAUCAGCUCGAUCCAAUUUCAGCCACACAGGAUUCAGCUGGUGUAACUCCAUGUUCUGUCUAAUUCCCACAAUGCGACUUGCCAGCGUUUAUCUCGGUAAUUUCGCUCUUGCUUCGCUUCUUUUUUUAAUUUCCCAGGCUUGUGUUUCUCCCGGCACAAACUGCAGCAUUUGGACAAGGCAGGCUCUUUGAUUCAGAACACUCUGCGUUUCUAAUCUCAACCUUUAGCAGAACGGUGAUCUGACUCCUUUGACCCAGGCUUUUGUGCUGAUAACUCUCAGAAAUAAGCCUCUCGCUGUUUGAACACUGAAGCAUUUCGGGCAUAUUUGAUGCAGCUGAUUUACGUGCUCGCUUCUCGCAUUUUUGGGGUUUAUUUUCACGUGUUUGCACGCUCUUUUAUAUAGAAGCUACCGCAAUAUACACCUUAGCUGGUUCAGCGCCAACCCUGGAGACACACUCUGUACUUUGACAAGAUUCAAGUGACUGGGGUUUAACACUUCAUGGCCCAUUGGCUGCCUGUUUACCGCAGGCUCAGGUGCCAUGGCCGAAAGUAGCGGGGAGGAUUGUCCCUUACACAAGAAGCCUAUACAUGCAGUAUAUCAGUCAGCAUACCAGAGCGAAGUGUACAUUUGAGUCCGUCCUGUCCUUCUCUCAAUGAGCUCUUUGUGUUUUGACCUUUUAAGGUAACCACCGAGGGAAAUUCUGCAGAGUUGUUGUUCACAUAUGUACUUUUGAAUUGUACUUUUCCAAAGGUUGGGUUCGGAGUCGAGUUUCCAGAUUCCUCCGUAUUAAUGUGGAUUUCUGUUUCAGGUUGAAGAUGUACGUACACGCUCCGUUUGAUCAUGUGAAAGUCUUCAUGAAAGCAGAGGGGAGGAAGGCCAACUCUGUGAGGUGAGAUUUACUUUGUAGCGGACACCUCUUCCAUUUCUCAUUUUCAUUAUCACGCUAUUCACUUUAAUACCCCCGAGGGAUAAUAGAUUGCUCUCUUUUUUAUGGGAUUGUGGAUGCAAGGUCAAAAAAUAUAUCUGGGCUCUUAGAGGACUGAAUAAAGCCUCGGUCCUCAGGCCACUCCGGGUGCAGAAAAUAGUGAUUCAUCCUUGAUCUGUGAUGGUUUCAACCACCACUUUGAAAGGAUAACAGAGUUUAAAUAAGGAUGAAUAAAACUAAUGGAAAAGUCAUGUUUUGGUUUGUGGGUUCAGUGUUUUCAUGUUUUUUUUUGCCAAAUAAUCCAUCAGUCUGAUACAGCCUCCUUAAAUCUAAAUUCAAACUCAAAAACUCUUAGAAACUUCAGCAACUUGAGCCUAAAAUCUAAGAUGGAUGCUCUCUGCAUCAACAUUAAAAUAGGUGUAGUUUUAAUCUAGUUUAUCAGCUUUUUUUGCAGGCUCAAUUUGUAUCUUUAAGGUGUUUCUGUUUGCAAAAUAUCACAUAUGUUGGUUAUCAUCCAUUAUUAUUAACAACAACAACAAUACCCAGUGUGGUUGCAUUUCUUUGCUUUAGUUUUAUCACCUGUCUUCCAGAUCUGCGGCAUUAUCUGCUUGUUUGUGGAAAACUUUCUAAGUGUGAGAGUUAGAGCCAAUAAAUGUUGAGCAUUAGUUGAUCAUUCACUCAGGAAAAAAAGAGGAGAAGUGAGGCUUGAGGGGGGGAGGAAUUUACAGCCGCUGAAUCAGCAGAGGAAGCAGGUGCUGCAAAUGUAAAUUCAGGAAAUAAGAUGCUACCCAGGGGACCAAUCACAGGCCUCGGGCUUUAAGGAGGUGCACACCAGGCUGUGUGAGUUGGCAAACUUUCUGAGGAGGUUACAACAAAGUCACUAAAGUAUGAAUCAGGCUGAAAUGAUAGCCCUUAAAUGGUCUGUAGCUUUCCUAUAAUGUAUAUCGAGAUAAAGGACGAGCCUGAUUAUAACUUUGCUAACUGUUAAACAACUUUGUGUCACUCAGUUUUUCAUCAUUACAGUGUUUGACAGCUGUCCACAGUCAUGUUAACUUCCUCUGUUAAACAGUGCACUGUAACAUUGAAGCCUAUGGAGAUCGGCUCACUACUGAAAGCAGCCCCAGGUGGCCAUUUAAGGAAUUGCUUUCUUGGCUGAAUCUCGAUAAAUAUGCAACAUGUCUGUAUUUGAACAUAAGUUAAAGGAUAUCGAUUUGUGUUCAUAUUUUGAAUAUAAAAUAAUUGAGAAAUCUUCUUGAGUCUGACAGAAUCUGAUAUCAUGUCCACACCUGUUUGUGAUCACGCUGACUUGUUCAUCGAACGUACCAGACAUGUCUGAUUUCUUCAGCAUGGACAAAAAUCGACAUAAUUUGUUUAGGAGCAUGACAUCAGUGUCUAGUAAAUUCCUCAAAAGCUACACAGACUUUUGGCUGCUAGACCGACGUUUUUUUUUUCUCCCCUCCACUCCUCUUUGUACUUUGACUCCAACAUUCAGAUAUUCCAUUGAUCGAGACGAUAUUCAACCUUCAAACAUCCUCCAUCUGCUUUCUUUCACUUUCUCACUCUCCCCCGUUUUCACAAGUUCUGACGACUGCGAAACUUCCCGGUCUCGUUCGGGGUCAGGGAGGGUGUUGAUAGCACCCAUUCGCCUCGCCUACUUCCCGAUUCUUUGGCUGUCCUCCAUUCUCACUUAGUCAUGGAGUGAAUGAUGAUCCUCAUGAUCAUUACCCCCCUGGCCAGGAUGAAACGUCAUGAAACCUCCCAUUCUUCAUCCUUGUAGCACACACACACAUACACCCUUCGUUUACCCCCACUGGGCUGGGCUGCACAUGCUUUCUCCACCAAUAAAUUGUAUUUUACUGCUUAAUAUUGAGCAGAAUCAUUAAAACCCAGCUGAGAAAUGUAGGUGUUGUUGGUCUUAGGUUUAGGGAGAGCUGUAAGGUUUCCCACUUUUACCUUUACGUGACUUUUUUAAGACUGAAGACUUAAUGAAGAGUCAUUUCUAUGACGCUACACACAUUCAUAGUGUCUCCUUUAUAAUUACAGUCAUUAUAAGUGAUUUUAUAGCCCUGCAUAAUCACAGGUUGUAGUGUUAUAUGAGCUAAGGUGAUAUAUUUCUUAAGAUUUUACCGACGUAAUGAGCCAGGUAAGGUUUAAACUGUUUUUUUUGUGUGUUACUUUUUCAAAAACUUCAUUUUUUGCUGCUAAAUAAUGCAGUUAGACCCUGCAAAUAUAUACUAAACUUCACUUGAAAUCCUUAAAGUUUUAGUCUGUUGAGAAUAAAAACUAAAACAUCCCAUUUUAAAUAGAACAAGAGUCCAGUUUUACGAUUCAUACAAUUUUACAUCUUAAGAUAAUAAAUGAUCACCUGUGUUUAAUUCAUGCUCGAUAAACAAACAGUAUGUGCUGCAUAACUUCUUAAGAACGCUCUUCACUGACACAGCAUGCACCUGCGCCCCUCCAUAAUGUUACAUAAGUGUGAGUCAGAGAGCAGAGAUUUCUAAAGCCUGAUAAAACCUUCCUCACAAGGUCUCAUGAAAACUCACCCUGUCCUGUCUGGGUUCCUCUCCAUCCCUGGCACUGAUGCUUUGAUAAACACGCGUGUGGAGAAUUUAAAACACCCUCGAGUAUUUGAAGGAGCAACCUGGUGUGUGUUAAGUUUCAGUGUCAAAUCACAGUGGAAUAAUUUUAGUUUUUAUAAUUAGGCUGGACUAAUCAGUGCUGUUAAAGAGGAAAUAAGGAACAUAAAUGUUCCCACAUUGGCAAAAACAGCUCUGCCUCACCCUGUGGUACUUCAUGUCUUUACGCUUCGCCUCUCCCUUUAAAUGACGCACCAAAUAGCCAUGCCAGGUGAUACAAAGUCUGUCUGUUCCACUUAACUAUUAAUGUCUAAUUCGUGUGAAGCGGGAGAGUCAGCGAGAGCUGCCGCUACAAGACAGGGAGAAAUCUGAUGGCAUAAGUCUGCAAAGAUCGGCUGAACCAGACUGGUGCAGUUUAAAAACAACAGAUAUACCAAGGAGAUGGACACAGAUCAGAUGUCUUCAAUUUAAAUGUUUUGCUGAAUUUGACAGGAACACGCAAUUAUUAACGUUUCAUAUUUUAACCAAAUUCCAAUGAAAUAACACCUACUGUAGCUUUAACUUUUUAAGUACCUGAAAUUCAAACGAAAUGUUUUGCACUUUAAAAUCAGAUCAGACUGCCACAAUAGGGGCUGGUUUAUUUAACAAGUAUAGCCAAUGUUUGCAGCAGAUACAUUUGGCUAUGAAAAGUAAAAUGACUAUCAGGUUGGUGCUCGUUAUUUUUUCCUCCUCUCUGCUGCUAGCCUAUAUUUUUUAAAAUUUUUAUUUUUUUAAUUUUAUUUUUUUAUAUUUGUCAACAGAGCUGUCAGUCAAUUAAUUUUUGAAAUCUAGUAUUUUUUUUUAAAUACUCUUUUCAGAAAAAUGAACAGUUACAUGUAAAUCAAAGCUUAAUUUUUUUUGUGUAAUUUUGUUUAUUAAUUCCAUUCAUGUUCCAUUUGUUAACAUGGAGGAGGCGGGGUUUAUGACCUGUAGGGGGAGCUCUAACUCUUUUAACUUCACUGUCAGUGAACACUUGAAACACCCAGUUAAAUAUACUGUUCAUGAUGUAGAAUUGUGGAGGUUAGGGGUUUAUGUUAAGGUUAUAUAACAGUACAUAUUAUUUCAAUAUUUUAAUAAAUGAUCUGUUCCCUGCCUCUGAAUGCUCAUUUGUUAAUUGAUUUUGCUGUCAAAGUCGGACCAGACGUAGUUUAAAGUGUAGUAGCUUCUUCUGUUUCUCUUAAGUGUUUUUCCCUCUGCGUUCAGAUAAAAUAACAUCCACAGAAACAUCUCAGGGACCUCAGAUUCUGGCUAAACGUCAAAGUACUUACUCCACUGUCCACUUAAUUCUACAAACUCAUAUUUAUUUGACCCGCUUUUGUUUUUUAUGCCCUCGUAUCACAUGAAACAGUCCCAUCAAGGUGGAAAGGUAUAAAUGCGCAGACAUUUCCGGAGACAUUUUUAACAAAUGAGUCACACCGUGUUAUAUCAUCCCCGUAACAGUGUUCCCAGCUUCCAAAGAAAGAUUUUAUAAAUGACUUCUGUUACAUCUAUUAGUCCAAUACAGCCGCAGUCGUAAAUCAGACUCUGGAGGCUGUGUCCUGUCAAGUCUGUGAUACUGAGUAAUUCAGCGGCAUAAAUCCCUAACUCUAAUCCACUUUCUCUCUCGGUUACCUUUUCCUGUCGAACCUUAAUAGCUCUGAGUACGGGGUUGGUAAUGAGCGACUGUGCAGUCUGUAAUUCGGGUCUUUGAGAGCUUGUAUUGUCGUGAUAAUAGUGAUGAAUGGAAGUAAGUAAAAGUAAAGAUGCUUGUCCAGGAGGAAAUUACCUGACAUUAACUCGGUGCAGUUGCAUAAGGUGAUUUUAGCUCUAAUAAGACAAGAGGCCCCAAUACAGAACCCCAUUUAAGGGGUCCAAAACAGGGUCGAAGCUCUGCAACCACAGUGGGGCCUCCAUGUUUUUGAAUAAUGCGGUCUUAGCAGAAAGCCUGUAAUUUUGAAAGGUAUUAUUAAGCUUAUGAAGUCAUGGAUGGCGGCAGUAGUCAUGGCUACUUUGAGGCCAAGUCUAACACAAAGGGUCUGACUGCAUGUUUUUGUUGAUGAAUGUCGACUGGAAUAUCAACCGGCUGCAAAAGAAAGGAGCGCCUGUGCUAAACCAAAUAUAGCUGUGUAACCAGUUGACUUUCUCUUACUGGAAAUGAGACGGACCAGGCAUGAAGAGAACCUUUCACACUCCUCUGGGUGUUUGUUUGCUUUAUUUUCUAAUGUUUACUUUUAUUCAUUCCACUUCUGAGAUCCAGAAGAUGCCCUUUUCCCUCUUUCCCGCACUACUUCUUUUCCACUCAGUCAGCCGGAUCCCACAGAACAUCCACGCCCGCUGAGGUGUCAAAAGUGGAGAUGCUGUUUUCGCAGGAAUAGCCAAAAAGGAAACCUGUUCAUGUGUGCUCAUUUCUGUGUGUGUUUUUUAUUUAUUUGUGACGAAGCCUCUCUUUAGCCCUCCUGAGCCUGCUGAUCUGCUCUUCCUCAGCUUUCCCCGAAGCAGCGUACCAGUUUGUUUCUGUGCAGCAGAUGCUUCCUCAGGUCUCCUGUAGUGCUGGCCUACUUUGGGUAAUUUUACUUAAGUAGCAAACCAUUAAUAGUGGCUGAUUUUAUUGUGCAAUAGUUCACUGAAAAGGAAGGAUUGUGGUCAUUAAUGUGCGUAUUUUAACUUUAUGUUUGCUGAGAAUAAGGAUGUGAGGUUACCGCAACUCGAGUGUGCCAAGUGGUGUAAAGGUUGCGCUUGUGGGUACCUGUAACCUUAAAAUAUUUCUCACUAUAAGUACAUUUUUAUGCUCCACUGAAGCACCAAUAAUACACCCUCCACUUUUAGUUAUUCAACUCUGGCUAAAUUGUGUAAUAGCGAAUAAAUGUGGACACGCCGCUGGAAAUGCUCUCCUAUUUUGGCAGAGUGUUUUUGUUUACACAAUCCCUGCCUCAGGGACAGUUCGGGGUAAUCUUUGCAAGAGGAGUUGGAUUAAACCAACAGAACAGCAUGCUGUUGAACCUACAACCCAGCUGCCAAAAAGAUGGAACGCUGUGUAAAAAGCUAAAAAAACAGAACGUAAUGGUUUGCAAGUCAUCCAAACGCUGCAUUUAAUCAAAAAAUAGUACAAAGACUACGUAUCAAAUGUUGAAACUGGGGAAAAUUAUGGUUUUAUGAAAAUUAUAUGCUCAUUUUAAAUUUGAUUCCACUAAUACAUAAAAGAAAUGUUGGGACAGGGUCGUGUUUACCAUCGAAUUUCAUCACUUCUUCCUUUAACAUCACUCUGUAAACAUUUGGGAACCAUGGAGAUCCAUUUGGGGGUUUGAAAGCAAAAUGUUUUCAAUGCAUGACAAAUCAGGACUCCAGCUCGGCCACUUUAGCUCAUGGACUCCUUGACUUUGGAGCCCUGCUGUUGUCAUACAUACAGAAUGUGGUUUGGCAUUAUCGUAUGGAAAUAUGCAAAUAAGUCUUUCAUGCAUAUAUUAUUCAGCACUGAUGGGCAGUCCCUCUCCCUCUCCCUCUCCAGGAUUUCCAAAAAGAGAGUCCGGUUUUUGUCUGUUGGGCCACAAAGUGUUUCUCAUUGGCCUCAGUCCAUUUUAUACCAACAUGUUUUCCUCUUUUCAUGACCCUACAUUUGUGGAUGCAUUGGUGCAAUGUGCUCACAGACAACACUGAACCUAUGCAGAGGUUUCCACUACAGAGUCAUGUGCUUUUUCAAUGCAUUUAGCCCCAAGCACUCAAAGAUAACAGCUUUCGGUAUUAAUGUUUGACUUUGUCUCAUUUUUCCAAAAUACUCUGAAUCUCUUGCUGGCAUUAGGUACUUUAUGUACUUAAGAACAUUAUUCAGUUUGAUUUUAAGGCGUGUUUGGGGUAAAAGUGACGCACAAUUACAAGGCUGAUCGCAUCUGCAUUUAAACAACAUUUGUGAGAUUUGUCGCUGGCAUCAGAGUUGAAAUGGACUUAUGAAUGAUACAAUUCUUCAUUUCCAACAUACUUUUUCACACUAUUUUCAGUUAAUCAUUGGGUUUGAAUGAUUUGCAAACCAUUAAAAUGUCUUAAAAUCUAUAUUUUCACAUCCUAGUUUUAUUGGAUUUGGGGUUGUAACACUCGCACACUUACCAGGACCAGAAGUUUGGUUUGUGUAGCUCAACUCAAAGAAUUGUUUCUUCUCCCCUGUUCAGAUUUCUUUAAGGAAUCAGGCUGAAUAAAAGUAUGUUGCACAAUAGUCACAAUAAGAGAUUAUACUAUAACUCUGCUAUUUGGUGCUGACAGAAAAGUAUAAUAUUUGCGGUGGUGUUGACAGUCAAAACUUACACAACUGUUGGUGAAAAUCCAAAGUAUCCACCAUCUGUCUAUAAUCCUGUUAAUGCUGGAGCGAAUACAGUGUUUUUGUCCAUCUAACAACAUAUACUUAAAGUUGAAUCUCGAUUUUUAAGCCAAGAAAUUGAAACAGGUGAUGGAUGUCUUUUAAAAUAUAAGCAACAUUAUAUAAGUAAAACCAGGAUCUGCGUUUUUUCAUCUGAAGUGUCCUCUACUCUUGAAACAUUUUAACUUACACUUUCUGCGUGUGUCUGCCUCACCGUUUCUCUGAGAUCUGUUUUUUCUCAAAUUAGCUUUGGUUUUUAAAACACUCCAACUCUGACAUAAGGCGCACAUGCAUUAUUCAAGGUCUGAUUUUUGCUCUCGCAGCAUAUACAAAGGAGGCCUUUUGCCUGUCAUUACAUAAUUACACACAGCACUGAGGACAUACAGUUAUAUUGGCAGGAACAGCAACAAAAAAAAGGUGACAUCAAGAAUUACUUAGCGAUGUAGGAAAAUGUACCGAGUGUCCAGAUUCAACUGGGACCAAUAUGUUUGCGUACGAUAUGUAACAGUGAGUUCAUUUCAUAAAGAAUGGCGGACAGCAGGGGGAUAUGUUUAAUUUGGCGCUGACUUAAUCAGAUAUGCAGUUAUUCGUCUUUUUUGUCGUUACACCUUACCUCUGCUCUAUCGACGCUGUCGGGUCUCAGCAGUGGAGAGGAAAACAAGAGGAACCACCCCGAAGAGAACAUCAGUCCAUCCCUCUGUUCUGUUCAUUCACCAGAACACUAUAUAGAGACCAGAUGUGUGCGUGUUCAUCUGAGUCAUUGAGCUGUGUUUCUAGAGAUGGCCAGAGCUUUAACAAUCCCAUCGACACCACAGGGAGCCGCUCUCCGCUCUGCCAUCCUCCCCUCUUUUUCACUGAUGUUUGCAAACACUUGUGUUUUAGCUUAGCUCAAUGAAAAACAUCCAAGAACAUUAAUUCCUCGCAGGUUUGACAUAAAAACAAGUGAAAUGGAACAGUAUUUAUCUGGUAUGCAGAUUGCAAAGGGAUGCAGACCUUGCUGGUAUCCUGCUUUUGCUUUCCAAAAUAUUUUCCAUAAAUUCUUUGCACAUAUCUGCUUCACUCUGCCUAACCUUUGAUCCACUUUAUGUACCGGUUUUACUGCACAGUCUAAACAAUGUGCCAAAAGUCGUGUCCACUGUUACAUAAGAAACCCAGCAUCCGUGGGUUGCGAGGAUGCACCUGAAUCACCCUGCAUCCAUUUGUUGCACAGUGUGUUUUGAGUCUCCAUAGCUCCCUCCCUCUUCCCUUUGUCCUGUCCUGCAGGAAGUGCCAACACAUAAUGGGGUUUAUUUUAGGGGACCAUGCAAAAAUGAUCCAAGCCCACCUAAGAGAAACUCUUCCAGGAGGGAGGGCUUCUUGGAAGCUGGCCCACCAGUAAAAACCUGUAAAUGUCACAUUACAGCAGAGUGCUUUGAUUGGCUUGGAGAGUGGGUGUCUACCUGGGCGGCGCUCCGUCUGCUUGCGCUUUUAGCAAAACAAACAAUGGCUGGCAUGGCUUUGACAGCUGGUUGGGGAUGCUGCCAGUUACGGUAUACAUCCAAAAUAUAUAAUGUCUGGUACUUUGGUGAUGACAGCCUAAGCUGGAUGGUCCUGAAUCAGUUGAGUGAAGCCACGUCUCCCAGGAAUCCAGUUAACUAUUUAGCCCGGUGAUUUACGACCAUCCCUAAUGCAUGACAGGACUACUUAGAAACUAGACCAGACUGAUGUCAUCUCAUACAAAGAACUGAAGGAGGGGUGAGACGGUUCUUCAUGUGCUUGUGAGAGAUGUUUUUGAUUCUUGGUAGAGUCAGUUUUCCAUCCCCUGAGACCCCGAGACCAAGCAGGACUUGGCCAAAAAAUGACUCAAAUCACGAUCAGUCCUUGAGAGACUCUUAGCCACCGACGAUCCAUGAGCAGCUGGAAACAAAGUACUACGGUUACUGGUUAUUGUUUCAACAGUAUCAGCCUUUUUCCUGCUCUGUUGUUGUUGUUGAUCCCCUGGAAGAGUGAGCUUCCAGAUGACUGGAUGAUUUCUAGAUACUUGAGUCACAAUUUAGUGUUAUUGGCAUGUCCUCUGGAAGUCAGAGUAACUUCAGUCUGAUGCAAGUGACAGAGGAUGUAGUCCAGUAACAGAAGAUUAGACGAUCCUGAUCAGACAGUUUUCCACUGCACAGUCCGUGUGAUCUUUACUGAAGAGAUGCUGAAUCAUAGGGCUGGGCGAAAUGGCGUCAGAACAAAUUCGCAAUAUAUUGAGCAGUUCACCUCGAUAAGGAUAAAUGGAUGAUAACUACUCCAUAAGCUGCUCACCCCCUCCCACAUUAACUUCGUCUACUUCAGCCGCUACAACUUUUGAACCGUCCUCCAUCUCCUCACCUGUCUUUCCCUCUUUGUUACGGACUAGAUGGGGUGGAGACAUGUCUCUGAUGUAGGACAGCGUCUUAAAGAGACAUGAGACCAUAGCCUACCUACACACAUCCAAAACCAACUUUUAUUUAAAAAACAUUAACAUGGGCAAAAUGACGUUGGUUACUGUCGUAAAUUUCAUUAUUGGUAAAUUUUUAGUUUAUCACCCAACCCUAACUUAGGUACUGACUAGCAAGGACGCCAAAUAUUGGAUUACUUGACUGAACAGAAACAUCCAUACUUCAACACUACGUCUGAUUCCUUCGUCUUUAACUUGUCAAAACAGAACUGUAUGGACCGUCUUAUUUGAGCAGCAGGUGCCUUCUUCUGUAGUCUACUCUUUUUCAAGAAUACCCCCAAACCCUUUCACAUUCUCUGAGGUGUAUUAGACCUUAGGACAGCAGGGUGAUCCAGCUACGAUGAGAGUCAAAUAACAAAAUCAUGACCGCUAAUGAAAUAUGAAAAAUCGAAAUGAUGAAUAGCUCAUUUUUUCGGUUUAUUGCCCAGCCCUAUUAAAUUAUCAUAGUGUGGCUCUGAAAACAUCUCAGUCGGAUUUAAAGCAUUCAUUGAUGUACUAGAUGUUAUAUUUAUAGCAUUAUAUAAUAUUUUUAAAAAUUUCCUCAUAGAAAUGAUUAAUCUGAGGGAAAAUUCAGUAUUACAAUGUUUAUUUUUGAUUAUUUCAGUUGCAUCAAAACUGGAUUUUAUAGCAGACUGACGCUCUCUUUGAUGAAACUAUUGAGUAUGAAUAAAGUAAUGCCACCAUCUUUGUUUGAAGCAGUUCUGCAGAUUAAAAAAACAAGCGUUUCUCAAAGCAGACAUACCAAAGUGGUCUGUGUGUACGAUAUACAAAAAAGUGUUUGAGUCUGAGCACAAAGGAAACUGUUUGGAUGAAUCAGAGUUUUUGUGAAUGUAGGUUUCGUGCUCACCGUUUAGAGUAAAGGGAUGAAGGUUUACAAAAAUGUGGCUUUGCAAUUCUGGAAGCCUGUAAUCUUAACGUUGCAUAACCGAGCCAGUGUGCUGUAACUGAGCUGUCCUGUAAUCACCCUUUUUGUGUUUUUCUGCCCCAAUUUCUGAAUCUGAAUUAGGUACCAUGAGCUGGACAUUCACAAAAGCCUGAGGGACAACUUGAGCUACAAAACCCUGAUUGAAUAUCCCGUGCUGCAUGUUGUGCUCGGAGAUCAUUGGAAGAACUAUCCGCUGAAAGGACAAGGUAAAAAAAUACAAUAAAACACUCUUAUUUAUCUUAAAAUCACAAGUUUUCUGUCUUUAACCUGCUUUCUGCACAAACACUAACCCGCUAAGGUUUCUUCUUUUGUAAAUAAUCAUUCCUAUACCACCACUUUCUGCUUCAUGUCUCCAUUUUCACUCAUUUCUUCUGUAACUAAACAAAAGGGCGGAUAUGUAACAUGAGUUUAAAGCUUUCAAAUCCCCCGAACUUCAGCCCCUCUCUGCCUUCCCUGGUUCCAGCAGCAUUGUCUCAUGUCCCGGGUCUCUCCGGCUAACAGACUCUCUGCUCCCUUAUUUUUCACUAUGGCAACAUGCUACCCCAACGGAAAUGAGGGUGUUCUGCUCAGCAUCACACACACCAACUCAACUUCAACAUAGACCGUGUCCAAGAAGAGGAUCAAACAUGGCUUACUGUCGUGAGGUGACCUCAUGAACUGACAAAUGACAGAAAAGAGGAGAAAACAGGACACUGGGCCUGUGGUUUCUCCUCUCUCUCUUGUCCGUCUUCUUCAGGUUUAAAUGUUUGAGGCCAAAUUGAGCCGUGACAGAGUAUGGCUAAAACACAAAUCCUUAAACUCUCUGUAUGUCAAUAAGGUCAGCAUGAUUACAAAAGACCACAUUAGCCCAGCACCAUCAGACUUUCAGACCCAGACAGGCUGAAUGACGAACGAGGUAAAUUUAGUCUGAGUGUGUGUUUCCAGUGAUAAGGCCUCAGUGCUACACUGUUUUGUUCAAAUGUUGAGCCAUAGAAACAUCCUGAUAAUUACACAUGUGGAGACCAGGGAAGCUGGACAGGAAGUGAUAAAGAGCAAUCGGACGCUGUGGCAGCGGCGUUCCCAGUGAGGACAGAGUAAAUCUGAGGGUCCAGCCGCUCAGUUUUCUAGUUUGAUCGCCAUGAGUCAGUGUUUCUUUGACUCUUUUUUUAAUAAUCUUAUUGUUUUUGUCAAUGCUCCACAGAAUAGCACAAAGUCUUUUGACAAACUUUGAACUAAAAGUUUUAUCUAUCAGGCCAUCAGCUGGCUCUUCUCACGGUCAGCCUGUUAAAUCUAGCUCAGCUGGGUUAAAUGUGAAGGGAAGAAAGAUUCAAUACAUCAAAAUAAUGUCAAUGUAGUAUUGACAUUAGGAAUGGGCGUUUUAAGAAAGUCCUUUGAUCAAUUCAUCAUAUAAAUUAACAAUCAAUCAUCCAUUUGAUCGUUAAGUGCUGCGUUACAUGCUCACUCACGCUUCUUACCUGCCCGGCUAUCAUACUGUUGUUUUUUUUCUUAUUCAUGAAAUUCUAAAAUCAGAGACAUUUCCGAGGACAACUUUAGCCGGGGACAGUUCAUCCAAAACAGGGACUGUCCCCCUGAAAUCGGGGACGUCUGGUCACCCUACAGUUUCUCCUUACUAGCAAGGAGCUGAUAGUAGGUUUAGACUGAGAGCUCUCCGAGGAUUCAUUAACCUCAGUAGGAUGUUUGUGGUUCAAGUGGUUCAUUAUUAGGGUUGUUGUCGUGUUAUACUUUUUCCACUCGAAAUAAUCCCACACCACACUUCGUGUUGCUUUCUUCAUGUUAUUUUUCGACUUCUACGGAAGCCCGCUGACGCUGUAUCACUCCCCUUUUAAAAUGUCAAAAUCCUUCGACGUGGUGAUUGUCAGCAUUGCUUUAACACACACACACACACACGCUGACUGGACAGAGAGUGUAUCCCUCACGAUCAGCAGAGGUUGAUCUUUGCUGGAAAGCAGCUGGAGGAUAGACGUACGCUGUCAGUCCUUUUUAAUAACGUUAGAGCAAUCGAAAUUUUGCUUGAUCGUCGCAAUUCUUAACAAUCAAUUGACCAGUCAUUGAUUGAUUGAUUGUGUCCAUUCCUAGAAGUAUUAUUAUGUUAUUGUAGAAACCGUUAAAGUGAUACUGCAAACAAAAGUUCAACUAUUUGGCCUUUUUCAACCAGCCGACCAAUUAGUAGCAUUUACACUUUCACAUUUGAUACAAAUAAUCAGACUGAAAACUUUUGAUUUUACUUUUUGAAGCAAAUUAAAAGCAAAUAAUCUCCAGUUAAUUCUAACAUACAGUAUUUUACCAGUUUGAUCAGUAUCUGUUUUAUUAUUAAUAACUGCUUUAAUAUCCUUUAGUGGCAAACGUAUGGUGAUAAUACAGCAGGGUUACUGUCCAAACACACCAAAGAGCGUGACUUAUAUUACACAAACCAACUUUAAUGCAUGUCUUCAUCAAAAGUUGGUCUCUGAUUGAAACUGCAGAGACGCUGCAGAGAGAAGAUGCAGCGCUUUCCAAAACAACACCAGGGUUUCAGUUUAACGAGUGACCCGAUUAGCCGACGCCUCUCAGCCACUCGGGUCUGCGGUUGUUGUCACAACAGCUGUUGAAAACCGAAAGAGUUUGUUUUUAUUGUCUCUCUUCGCCGUCUGAAAGGGAUAUUUUCAGCUGCUGGACUUUUGGUAUCGACAAAUAUCAGCCCUGUUGGCUGAUGCUGACACAUCUGUAAUAAUAAUGUGUCAGCAGCCGGUGUUUAUCGAUAUCUUUUAGCAUCUUUAUCGUCUUUCAAUCAGUAUAAAUCUGAAAGGAAGAAGUUACUUCUUAUUCCUGAUUGAGAGGAAGUCCUCAGCUGAACAAACCAGAAGAAACAGAGAUUACGCAGUCUCUGAGGAAGAUCAGCGAUGUGCAGAGACAUUUGAAGAGGGAGAGACUAUCCGCUAACGACAGGUACAUCAAAUCUCAUAGCUCCUAAAAACCUUCUGACUACUGAAUCAGCAGUGAUUUCCUUUUUUUUUUGUUUGAUUAAUUUGAACCAGAUCUAAUAAAUCAGGAGUGUAAUCUUUACGUUCUUGAGUUAGUUACCUGUGAUUUAUGGCAGACAGAAAAAUACUACGUCACUCCCGGGGUUACACAAGCGAGCGAGACGUUUUUAAAGGUCUCAAAUGAAAAGCUUUAUGUAACUAUGAAUUCUCUCACCUCAUUAGGAUAAUAUUUAAUUCUAUUAGAAACGCUCCCCUCUCAGGAUGAAUGGAUAAUGUGAGGCCUGCAGCAUUUUAAUUGUCUCCUAUUACAGCAUAACACAGGAACUGUAAAUCGCAUUAAUCUUUAAUAUUAUAGGCUCAGCUGGAUAAACAUUGUUUAGGAUACAGACAGAGUCACGCAAGCCAGAGAGUCCGGGGUUUAAAGGAAAUGUUCCUGAUGUGGACUGUGGGGAAAUACAUUGGGAAAGAUCGGCUUAUUGCUCACAAUUAUUACCGCUUGUAUCGUCAUUUAUUCUGCAAUCUGUCUUUCACACGUUCAUCUUUCUUUGUUGCAUAACUAACUGCUUCAUCCAAAGUCCUUGUAAGACUGUCCUUACUGUCGCCAUCCCUGUUUGAGUACUUCUCCUUUAACUAACCACCCUGAUAUGUUUUGAAUCCGUCUAAAGAGCCAAGACUUAAAUAAAGUUGUUUUGUUUUAGCUGAACCCGCAUCCACCUGCAGUAGAUUUACAGCCGAAAGCGAAGGAGUCGACCAGGAGAAGGAGGGUGUAAUCCAAGCUUCAUCAUCCCUGCCUGAGGUAAAAACUCCUAAAGAUACCACCACUGAGAGAGGAACCCCAGAGACCAGCCCUGAAUCUGAACCCCCGAAACAAAAAAGAGCGAAGAGAGAGUCAGGGGAUGAAGACCUGGAGGAGGGGGAGAUUAUGGACAGCAGUGACGAAGAGGAGAGAGAGAGCCGCAGUGAUGCCGACAGCUCUGCUAAAACUGAACCAGCAGGCAGCGCGGUCACCGAUGUUGAUAACGGUACGACCAAACACACUGACAGCAGCAGGGAUGAGUGUGCAAACAUGGACACUUCCAGUUCAACCAAUUACGAGUCAGCUUCCAGAGAGAGCGCUGAGGUCGGCAUGACUAAGGAGGAGGCUGUGAAGGAGCCGCAGCCCGUUCAUCACCCGUCACUGUCAGGAUGAAAAUGAGUCAGCGAGCUCAACUGACAGCUGUGGAUGGGGAUGAUAAUACGCAGAUGUUCGGAGUGAAAUAAAUGAGGAGGCAGACAUAUCUGACAGGAAGCCAUCAAUCAUGUGUCAGUGAACAGCAGAACGAUCCACCCAGACAGCGUUUUCUGUUUUUAUAAUGAUUGUUUUAAGGAACCAGAAAAUGGUUAUGAUACCGAUAUAAGUGUGUAUGUAUGUAUUUAUACGAUUAUCUCAGUGUUUACGUUCAUGGUUUAGAUGUCACAGACAUGUCUGGGAACAUGAUUUGAUAAAUAAAGACGGUUUUUGGUAAAGUUUUGUUGUUUGUUUUACACUGCUGACUGAAAUAAAAGAAAAUACACAUUA